AUAAAAUUCCUAAGCCCUGCGUAGCUUUCUGUUAAACCCUACAUAACUCUUAGUUAAGCGAGUUGGUGUUGUGCCCUGCGUUUCAUUUUUCCCUUCACCAUUCCAAAUGAGGAGAGCGAACCCACUCCUCCGCAGACUACCACCGCACUUUCUCACAUGGCGCACCUUCCGUUUUCACACCAUUUUCUCCGGCCGCCGAGGCUUCGCCGGCACCACCAACACAAAACACCUCGACAUCUUCACGGAGCAAUUUGAGAUCGGCUCGCGCGUGAUCACGCUCGAGACAGGAAAGUUCGCCCGCUUCGCAAACGGCGCCGUCGUUUUGACAAUGGAAAAUACUAACGUUCUCUCCACCGUCGUCUCCGCUAAAGGUGAUGCUGUUCGCGAUUUCUUACCUCUCACUGUGGAUUAUCAAGAGAAGCAGUUCGCGCAAGGCGUGAUUCCGACCUCGUUCACGCGGAGGGAAGGUCCUCCUAAAGAGCGCGAGCUCUUAUGUGGGCGAAUCAUUGACCGGCCAAUUCGACCGUUGUUUCCUCCUGGAUUUUACCACGAGGUUCAGGUAACGGCAAGUGUUCUUUCUUCGGAUGGAGAACAUGAUCCAGAUGUGUUGGCAGCUAAUGCAACAUCAGCUGCUUUAAUGUUAUCAGAUAUUCCUUGGGGCGGUCCCAUUGGAAUGGUUCGAAUUGGUAGGAUAUGUGGGAAGUUUAUAGUAAAUCCUACCACGAAUGAGCUUAAAUUGAGUGAUCUUAACUUGGUGUAUGCCGGUACAAUGGACAAAACUUUGAUGAUUGAUGUGCAAGCUUGUGAGAUAUCUGAGAAAGACCUAGAAGCUGGGUUAAGGAUGGCUCAUCUAGAGGCAAUUAAGUAUAUUGAACCUCAAAUCAGACUUGCUGCUAAAGCUGGUAAAUCUAAGAAGGAGUACAAAUUGUCUAUGCUGUCCGACAAAACAAUGGACAAAGUUAGUAAUAUAGCAGAGGAACCUAUCAAAGCUGUUUUUACUGAUCCUACCUAUGGGAAGUUUGAACGUGGGGAAGCAUUGGACAAUAUUACCCAAGAUGUAAAGAGAGUGCUUGUAGAAGAAGGUGAUGAAGAAAGCUUAAAAGUCUUAUCAAAGGCUGUAGAUACCGUAAGGAAGAAGGUGGUUCGUAAAAGAAUUAUUGCAGAAGGAAACAGAGUUGAUGGAAGACAACUAGAUGAAGUAAGGCCUUUGUAUUGUGAAGCUGGAUGUAUACCCUUGUUGCAUGGAUCUGCGUUAUUUUCCCGUGGAGAAACACAGGUUCUUUGUACAGUAACACUUGGAGCACCUACAGAUGCUCAACGCUUGGAGUCUGUUGUCGGUCCUCCGUCAAAGAGAUUUAUGCUUCACUAUAGUUUUCCACCAUUCUGCAUAAAUGAAGUUGGUAAACAUGGUGGUAUAAACCGGCGUGAAGUUGGUCAUGGAACUCUUGCUGAGAAAGCUUUUCUUGCUGUUUUGCCCCCUAAAGAAGAUUUUCCAUAUACCAUUCGUGUCAACUCUGAAGUGAUGGCUUCAGAUGGUUCAACGUCAAUGGCAACUGUAUGUGGAGGUAGUAUGGCUUUGAUGGAGGCUGGAAUUCCUGUACGUGAACAUGUUGCUGGGGUUUCUGUGGGUCUUGUUAGUGAGCUUGAUCCAUCCACUGGCAAAAUAGCAGACUAUCGCAUAUUGACUGAUAUUCUGGGCUUGGAGGACCAUUUGGGUGACAUAGACUUCAAAAUUGCUGGAACUCGAAAAGGAGUUACUGCUAGUCAGUUGGAUAUGAAACCAGCUGGAAUUCCUCUGGAUAUCGUUUGUGAAUGUUUAGAACCUGCACACAAAGCUCGUCUUCUCAUUCUUGAACACAUGGAACAAGAAAUUAGUAUACCUCGCAACAAGAAUGACAGUACUUCUCCACGGCUAGCCACUUUAAAGUACAACAACGAUGCUAUUCGUCGCCUAAUUGGGCCAAUGGGCGCUCUAAAGAAAAAAAUUGAAGAAGAAACAGGUGCACGGAUGUCUGUAGGCGAUGGAGAACUUACAGUAGUUGCUAAGAAUCAAUCUGUAAUGGACAAAGUACUAGAAAAGGUUGAUUUUAUUGUGGGCCGUGAAAUUGAAGUUGGAGGUAUCUACACAGGUAUUGUCACCAAUAUAAAAGAAUACGGCGCUUUUGUGGAGUUUAAUGGUGGCCACCAAGGCUUACUCCACAUUUCUGAGUUGUCAUAUGAACCUGUUUCCCGAGUUUCAGAGGUUGUCUCUGUUGGCCAGAAGCUUUCUUUGAUGUGCAUAGGCCAAGAUGUUUAUGGUAACAUCAAAUUAUCCCUUAAAGCAACUUUUCCUCGUCCUGGAAUAUUGGAGACUAAUGAUGUAACUGAAGGAUCUGUUACGUCCGCAAAAGAAACAGACGGGAAUGCGUCUAGAGUACAAGAACAACAAAAUUCUGCUUCUAAGUUGUCUUUAGGUGAUCUUGAGUCGGGUGAAGCAAAAUCCCCAACCUCCCAAGUACCAGUAAUUGUAAUACGUAGUGCUGCAGAGUGUGAUGAAGAGGAGAAAUCUUCCAAAGUUCCUCAAGUAGAUAAUGGAGUCCAAUUGGAUCGCAAGUCAAAAUCACGUCCAUCUCAAAAUGCAAUUCAUUCUGCACCGAAAUCAAAAUCUCGUAAAUCUCAAGAUGUUAUCGAUUCUUCAACUUCUCAUUCAGGUCCCUUGCCAUAUACUAGUGCUAAGAAGACAAAACUUUCAAUGCAAAAAGAGUCAACAUCUGAUCUUCAAAAGCAAGAGGGGGGUGAACAAAAACCCAAAAAUAGGGCUUCUGUAACUGCAAAAGAUCUUGAAGUUGGAACCAUAGUAACUGCUAAAGUAUAUCAAGUUCGUGCGCAGGGGUUUGUGUUGGAUUUGGGUGGAGGAGUUCGAGGAGUGUACCGAUUUGAGGAAAAUAAUAGUAGGGACUUUAAAAUAGGCGAUGAGAUGCGAGUGGUGUGCUCAAGCUUUUCUAACAAGGGAAUUCCUGUAUUGUCUUUAGUUGAUGAUAAAUAACUUCCCUGUUGGUCGUUCAUGAGAGUCCAUAUAUUUACCCUGCCAUGGCUUGGAAUAUUCAAAUAUAAGGUGGUUAAUAGUUUUGGUUAUAUGGCAAAGUGAUGGUAAUGCUCAUCUUGCAAGGACGAUGAUUUCGGUGCAGCUGUUUAGGUUCAAAAUUCUGUAGUGAUUAAACUAGUUUACCAAAAUUUUUCUUUAUCAGUUGCAAUUGGUGAGUUAGAAGAGAUGAACUUUGUGAUCGACGGAAGGCAUGGACGUGGUUCAAGGAUACUGCAUGAUUGAAGAAAAACAACUACAAUUACUUGACACAACAAAUUGUAGAUUGAUGUUAUCAGAGUAAAGGCUAAUAAGCACGAACAGUGUUAUAAUUUUAUUGGUGAUGAGAAAAUUUCCUUAUGCUCUUAACCUUUA